GAGAGACGGAGCUGAGAUAAAGAAGAGGAGGAAGAAGAGGAGAAGAGAAGAAAAGAGCUGCAGAAUCCCCGGAGGAGCAGGAGAGCAGGAGACCAGGGAGGAGGAGGAGGUUCAGGAGCUGGAGCUGCAGGUGGAGGUUCAUCAAGGUCCUGAAGCUCCUGCUACGUGAUGAAGACGAGGAUGAGGAAGAGGUUCCUACCGUCACCUGAAGACUGAAGCAGAACCUGGACCGGACAGAGUUCUGAUCAACUCCCAGUUCUGACCGGACCCAAACUCCCCACCAGUUCUGGGAACUAGUUGCUACCGUUUCAUGGUCACCAGGAACUAAUGAUCCCGUUUCCCCGGAUACGGGACCGGACUACAGGAAGUUGAUCCGGACCAGCGAGGCCACCAUGUCCUGGAAGAGGAACUACUUCUCGUCGGUGGGGGGGGGCAGUGGCGUGGGGGGGGUCCUGGCUCCGCCCCCAGUCCUGGCCCCGCCCACCUCCACCUCCCUCCCCCCCAGCAAGGGACUGAGCAACGAACCGGGGAAGAACAGCUGCUUCCUGAACUCUGCCCUGCAGGUUUUGUGGCACCUGGACAUUUUCCGCCGGAGUUUCCGUCAGCUGACGACCCACAAGUGCCUGGAGGAAUCCUGCAUCUUCUGUGCUCUCAAGAGUUUGUUUGUCCAGUUCCAGUUCAGCUCCGACCAGGUUCUUCCCUCCGACCAUCUCCGCUCGGCUCUGGCCAGAACCUUCCAGGACCAGCAGAAGUUCCAGCUGGGCGUCAUGGACGACGCGGCCGAGUGCUUCGAGAACAUCCUGAUGAGGAUCCACUUCCACAUCUCCGAGGAAACCAAGGAGGACGUUUGUACGACUCCCACCUGCAUCCCCCACCAGAAGUUCGCCAUGACGCUCUUCGAGCAGUGUGUGUGCAGCAGCUGUGGAGUUUCCUCAGAUCCUCUCCCCUUCGUCCAGAUGGUUCACUACAUCUCCACCACGUCGCUGUGCAACCAGGCGGUGCAGAUGCUGGAGUCGAGGGAAAAGGCGACGCCCAGCAUGUUCGGGGAGCUGCUGCGCAACGCUAGCAUGGGGGAUCUGCGGCGCUGCCCCAGCCAGUGCGGCCAGCAGCUCCGGAUCGCCCGGGUUCUGCUCAACACCCCGGAGAUCGUCACCAUCGGUCUGGUCUGGGACUCUGAGAACUCGGACCUGGCGGAGGACGUGAUCCACUCGCUGGGGACGUGUCUGCGGCUGGGGGACCUUUUCUACCGGGUGACGGAGGAGAAGGCCAGGAGGACGGAGCUCUACCUGGUGGGCGUGGUCUGUUACUACGGGAAACACUACUCCACCUUCUUCUUCCAGACCAGGAUCCGCCGCUGGAUGUACUUUGACGACGCGCAUGUCAAGGAGAUCGGUCCCAAGUGGAAGGACGUGGUGUCUCGCUGCAUCAGGGGACGCUACCAGCCGCUGCUGCUGCUGUACGCCGACCCGCGGGGGACGCCGGUGCCGGUAGCGGGGCAGGACCUGGACCUGCACCGCCUCAGCAAGACCUGCUACGACAGCAGCGAAGACUCGGGUAACUACAACACAGCUAGGAGUCGUAGUAGUAGCAACAGCAGCCCCCGCUCAGGCCGAGAGCCUUCCAUCUCCAGCGACACUCGCACCGACUCGUCGACGGAGAGCUACUCGGGCCGUCAGCCCCCCCAACACCCCGCCCGCCAUGAGGCCCUGGCCGGUGACCCGUCAGACUCCCAGGAACCUUCAGCACCGACGGCCCGGCGGGCUCCACGCCUCGCUCUGCAGCCUGGAUACCCUAGGAGAGACUUCCUCCAGGGAGCAGCCGGUUCCUCAUCUCCCUCCCAAACCCUCCUCUUCCUCCUCAUCUUCAUCAUCCUCCCACCGCCUGCGGGACUUCAGGGAGACCAUGAGCAGCAUCCUGCAUCACAGCCGAGGCCACGCCCCCUGCCCCGCCCACUCUCUGCCGGGCUCCGCCCCUCCUCCGAGCCCCGCCUCCAAGACUGGGAGACCGAGUCCAGGUCCGGCGAGUCCAGAUCCGGGUCUGCGGGGGGGGGGCCUCCAGCGGGGGCGGGGCCAGCGAGGUUCCGCCCGGCCUGGAAGCCGCGGCGCGAGACGCUCAACAUCGACAACAUCUUCACCCGCGAGCGGCGGCGGCAGGCGGGGUACAGCCCCCUGGGCGACCCCGGGGCCCCUCUGGCCCCGCCCCCCGAGGCGGGGAGGCCCCGCCCCCCUCCGGGUUCCAGGGGGAGGAGCCGGCCGGAGCCCCGCCCCCCAGCCCCGCCCCCCAGGCUCAUCCAGAGGAUGGAGAGCGGCUACGAGAGCAGCGAGAGGAACAGCAGCAGUCCCGUCAGCCUGGACCUGACAGACAGGGACGGCGGCGUGAGGGCGACUCCGUCGUCGUCGUGGAGGAACCUCCGGUCCCGGAGCAGCGGCUCGUUGCUGCAGGACGUCGGCGCCUCCAGCCUCGCGCCCCCCGGUGGACGGUCUGAGCUGGACCUCCUGCAGGACGAGGUCCUCCGGAGGGCCAGGGAGGACGAGCUGCAGAGACGGCAGGAGAAGGAGAGAGAGGCGGCGCUGGAAUUCAACCCUCGACCCAGCAAGUUCCUGGACCUGGACCAGCUGCAGAUCCAAGGGAAAGUGGACAGCUUGGACCGCUGCGUGUCGGAGGCGGAGCUUCUUCUGGACCAAUCGGUGCGUCUGGAGCAGGCGGGGGAGGUGGCCGCCGCGCUGUCGGCCGUCAACGAGGCCGUCUCUAAGCUAGCGGCGGCGGCGGAAGGGGGCGGAGCCUGCAGCCACGGCCGGCUGCAGCGCUGCAGCCGGAGGAGCCGCAGCCUGCAGCAGCGGCUGCAGCUGCUGCAGCGGGAGGAGGAACAGCAGCAGAGGGAGGAGCAGCGGCGGCGGGAACAGCCCAGUGAAGAGUCUCUCCCGGUCCGAGUGUUUCUGACUGACAGCCCCGGGGACCAAUCAGCUGCCAGCGUGGACCAGCAGGCCACGCCUCCUUCGGCUCACCGCAUUAAGCCCCUCCCUCCAUCAACCAUUGGCUCCUCCUCCAACAUGGUGGCCCCGCCUCCUCCGGUCACCUGCCUGGUCAAGCCCCUCCCCCCUGCGUCUGGCCCCGCCCCCUCCACCAACGGGGGCCCCUGCUCUCGGGGCGGGAAACCCCUCGGCAGCUCCAGGUCCCUCCCUGCUCUGUGUGUGGGCGUGUCCCCGGGGGACUUGGCUCCGCCCCUUUUUGGGGAGAACUUGGCUCCGCCCCCUUUUGGGGAGGAGGUGGAGCUCUCCGCCCGGUGGGGCGGAGCAUCAGCACAAGCCCCGCCCCCCGCCAGGUCCCGGACCCCGUCGCCCGUCGUGACUGACGGCAGGUGUCGUCCAAUGACGGAGCAGGAGUCGUAUUACGGCGGUUAUCCAGAGUCAACGUCACCUUCUGCUAGCCACGCCCCUUCUCUUAGCCCCGCCCCCUCCUACCCGACCAGGAACUGGUCCCACCUGGACCCCCCCGACGACAGGAACCGGUCCCGCUUAGACCUGGACCCCCCCGACGACGUGGACUUCCCCGUUCCUCCGAUGUCGUCGCCCUUUUACUCGCCUCCGGACCGGCACUUAGCCCCGCCCCCUGAGACCUGGGCCCCGCCCCCUGAGACCUUAACCCCGCCCUCCGUCCGGAGCCACGCCCCCGCUCUGCCGGUGGAGCGCUGGGCCGAGAACGUCAACCGAUACUACGGCUCCCAGAGUUCCCGGGGGUUCGGGGGGGCGGGGCCUGUGGAGGGGGCGGGGCCUGGCGAGGACAUGUCGGAGCUGGAGACGCUGUACCAGGCUAGUCUGCUAGCUCCUCCCAGCAUGCACCGGGGCAACCGUGGCGCCGGCCCAACGGGUGGCGGAACGACAGGUCCGAGGAGAACGCCGUCAGAACCGGGUCGGUCCAAAACCCCGACGGCGGAGCUGGAGAGAUUCGCCUACAGGAGCCGGGUCGGACCCGCGCACAAGCCCCCUGCAGGAGAAGACCUGAACUACAGCGCAGAAAACAUCCGCCGCCUGGCCCGCAGUCUGAGUGGGACGAACAUCGGGGCGAGAGACGACCCCUGCAGAUCGCGGACCCUCAGACCCCCAGACCUCCACCGGCCCCCCGAGGGGGGGUCCUCCUACACCUGGGGCCGCUCAGGGUCCGGCCCCCCCCACCAGCACCAGGUCCUGGUUCCGGGUCCGAGCCUCCGCAGCGUCGCCCUGAGUUACGGGACCCUCCCCCGCCGGGCCCCGCCCCCCCGGUCCGGGUCCGGACCGGGACCACCGCUGGACCAGCAGAGCCUGUACGGGACCCUGGGCCGCCGGGGCCACGCCCCUCCAGGCCACGCCCACCGCUGUGCCGGCUCCGGCGAGGCUCCGCCCCCCCUUUCCAGGGCUGGACCGGGUCUCCUGCUGGACCAGCAGAGCCUGUAUGGGACCCUGGGCCGCCGGGGCCACGCCCACCACCCCACCAGCUCCGCCCCCAACGGCCACCUCCACCGCCAGCUCUCUGCUGAGGCUCCGCCCCCUCCCAAAGGCCCCGCCCAGCCGCUCCGCCUGGACGUCCCCCCCGACGGCGACUGGCGCCGCGACGCCGGCUACCGGACGCUCCCGCGUGGCUCCGCCCCCCGCCAGAGUGGCUCCGCCCCCCACCAGCGGGCCCUCAGGCCCCUCCCCCUCGGGGCCCCGCCCUGCUCGCUGUGCCAGCGGCUCCCCGCCGCGACGCCCCGCCCCCACUGCUUAGCCUGCAGCGCCUACGUAGCCCGGCUGUGGCCCACUAGGACGUAGCGCAGGAGCGCUAGGCCCGCUAGGACGUAGCGCAGGGGCGCUAGGAUGUAGCGCCCCUGGAGCGUUAGCUGGAAACUUCCCGUCGUUCCAACUUCAGAAACUUUAUCUCCAACCGACGUUCUGCUAGCGUUCUGCUAGCGUUCCCAAACAAACGUCAUCAACGCCGUCUGGGACUCUACACCUGGCUACUCUGCCGUAGCAUGAGACCACGCCCCCCUUUGGGCUCCAGGUUUAAACUAGAAAAACAGCUAUAGUAAUCUAAAAGUUUAAUUUAAAUUAUGAAAUAAAACUAAACGUAGCUCAAUAAAUGUAGCUUUUUUUUACUGGAAGUUGCAUGAAACCACGCCCCCUUUUGGGUGCCACCAAAUAUGAUUAGACAGUUCCAGGUUUAAAUUAGAAAAAUGGCCAAAUUUAUGAAACUAAAAGUUACAUUUAAGUUACGAAAGAAAAAUAAACGUAGCUCAAUAAAUGUAGCUUUUUUUACUGGAAGUUGCAUGAAACCACGCCCCCUUUUGGGUGCCACCAAACUUGACUGGAAGUUCCAGGUUUAAACUAGAAAAAUUGCUAAAUAUAGUAAUCUAAAAGUUUAAUUUAAAUUACGAAAGAAAAAUAAACGUAGCUCAAUACAUUUUGCUUUUUUUACUGGAAGUUGCAUGACACCACGCCCCCUUUUGGGAGCCACCAAAUCUGACUGGAAGUUCCUGGUUUAAACUAGAAAAGCGGCCAAAUUUAUGAAUCUAAAAGUUUAAUUUAAAUUACGAAAGAAAAAUAAACGUAGCUAAAUACAUUUUGCUUGUUCCAGAUUUAAACUAGAAAAACGUCCAAAUUUAUGGAUCUAAAAGUUUAAUUUAAAUUACGAAAGAAAAAUAAAACGUAGCUAAAUAAUUUUUGUUUUUUUUACUGGAAGUUGCAUGAAACCACGCCCCCUUUUGGGAGCCACCAAAUUUGAUUUGACAGUUCCAGGUUUAAACUAGAAAAACGGCCAAAUUUAUGAAUCUAAAAGUUUAAUUUAAAUUACGAAAGAAAAAUAAACGUAGCUAAAUAACUUUUGUUUUUUUUACUGGAAGUUGCAUGAAACCACGCCCCCUUUUGGGAGCCACCAAACGUAAUUUGAAGUUCCAGGUUUAAACAAGAAUAAUGGCUAAAUUUACGAAUCUAAAAGAUAAAUUUAAAUUGCGGAAGAAAUAUAAACGUAGCUCAAUAAAUUUAGCUUUUUUUACUGGAAGUUGCAUGAAACCACGCCCCCUUUUGGGAGCCACCAAACUUAACUGGAAGUUCCAGGUUUAAACUUGGAAAAACAGCUACAUUUAUGAAUCUAAAAGUUGAAUUUAAAUUUAUGAAAGAAAAAUAAAUGUAGCUAAAUAAAUGUUGCUUAAGUUAGCGGCAAAUGGAUGGAUGGAUGCAGAUAUGUGAGAUAAAACUCAUUUAUCAACUUUAAAAACGUACGAAAUUCGUAAAUUUGCAAGUGAAAACUCCGACUUUAAUGUUACGAAACGAUAUAAAAAGUUCAGACUUUAAAAAGCUUUAAAACAGAUUUUUCAGAGGAAACUCAAGAUUUUAUUUUCUAUCAGAUUUUAUAAAACUUCUUAAAUUCCUGAAUUUACGAACUUAUUCAUUUGCUAAAUUUGGGAGAAAAAAACCUGAAUUUACAACUUUAGAGAUAAUUUACAGAGAAAGUUCUGAGAACUGAGUGAACUGGUUCUGACGGGUGAAUGUUCUGUUUAGGUUCUGGUCUUAUUCGGGCCGGAGUUUCCGGAGUAGAAUCAGAACCAGAACCGGACUGAACUGGUUUCUGAUUAGAACUAACUCCGACUCUUCGACCCGGACGUCACGUGGUUCUUCACAAAUGUGGCCUUUUGGAUUUCUGGACUGAUUACGCUAGUUUUUCUUUUGCUUCUUGCCUAGUUCUCCUCGUCGGUUCCACCGGUUCCGUCGGUUCUGCUCCUCGUUAACGGACCUUGAGCUGACUCCGCCCCCUGGCGGCCCGGAGGGGGCGUGGCCUUAGAUGUGGGCGGGGUCUUUGACUUGUUGCUUUGCCAGAUUUGAUCUUGUUGAGUUUUUGGUAUUUUUGAAGCUUAUUUUUCUACGAUGCUGUAGAAUAAAGAGAUUAAAACAUUUAC